AUGGCCUCUGUCUACGCAGUCUCCAUCAGAACCCUCUGGGGCGCCAACGGCCCAGACCCGAACCGGGCCUACGGCGAGCUGUACUCGGGCGGUACAACGGUCGACUGGCCGGCGACGCUCACGUCGAUCUCUCUGGCCAACGGACCGCCCAUCACCGACGUCCGCAUCUUCACCACGACCUUUUCCGGCACCGAGCCGACCAUCUCCAUCACGCGCGCGCUGGCCCAAUUCCAGUCGGCAGGCACCACAGGAACCUGGCCGGCCGUGUCGACGGGCAUCUUUACGGCGUCACCCGCGUCUUUGACGCUGACUACCGCACCGCCAACCUCGUCGGUCACGUCCGGCACCAGGAGCACAGACACGGGCACGAGCAGCCUCUCGCCGCCGACGGCGAGGCCCAUCGCGUCGCCCGACGCGUCGACCCCGGGGCUCGCGACGGGCGCGGUUGUGGGCAUCGCCAUCGGCUGCGCCCUGGUCGGUCUCGCGAUCGGGCUUGUCGCAGCAUUCUGCUUCUUCCAGCGCGACAGAGGAGCACAACACGGCAACAGCGGCGGCGUCGAGCGGCAGGCACUCGACAGCGGCGCCGCGUAUCCCACGGAAAAGGGAGCGCCGUCGGCGGCCGAGGACGUGCAGCUGAGCCGGUUCCUCCUCGAGGCCACCCCGGACAGGGACAUUGUGCAGGAGACGCAGGCCAUUGGCGCCCUCAUCGACCAGCACGUCGAGAGCUACUACCACACACACGCCGUGUCGGUCGAUGCGAGCGCCGUCGCGCCCGCGCUCGCCCAGCUCGGCUUCCCUCUAACGACUACGACAGCGUCCCCGGACGCAUACCGCGCCGCGACGCUCUGCCUCGAUCCGCGCACGCGCCAGACCGGCCUGCGGCACGUCCUCACGCGGGUGCUUCUGAGCAGCAUCGACAUGAAGCCACCACCAACCCACGGCGGUCCUCCCUCGAUGCUGCCCGCGGCGAUAUCUUCGUUUCUGCGCGCGAUGCCAGCCUCAGACAGCGACCGUUUCCGGGACCCUCAAGGUAAGCUAGCUUUUUGCGCCCGCACGUCCGCCUAUUAUUCUGAAACACCAAUGUCUCGGGCUCGACUAACAACGGGCACAGCCAACACGCGCGCUCUACGGGAGUGGCGCACGCUUUCGGCCUUUCUCCUGCACCCGGGGCGCAGCCAGCGCACGGCGCUGCCGGCGGACGAGGCGGCGGUGGCGGCGCAGGCGCGGGAGCUCGCGGCGUCGCUGCACACGUUCCUGCGGCUCUUUGUGCACCCGCAGCAGCAGCACCAGCGGGAGCACCUGCAGGCCGUGAUUGAGGAGUGCGCGCGGCUCGGCUACGUGCUGCUCUCGCACCCGAGCGACUGGGAGUUUGUCUUGGACGCGGGCGUCGCCGCGAACCGGGCAGGCGGCGGUGUCGUGGUCGAGGCGGGCCUGGGCAAACUGCAGCCGGGGAGUCCUUGCGCGCAGAGGCUGCUGGAGCCCAUGGUGGUCUCGGUCUAA